GCGUUCUAGUUCCGCAGCCCGCCCGGAGCUCGCUGCUGGCCGAGGGAGGCGCGCCGCUGCCCCUCUUGCGGAGUUGGGGGACCCAGUUGCGCGGCCGGGAGCGGACCGGGGCUUUGCUUUGAGAAAGAUUAACCACAUUUGCUCGGCGGAAGUGUCUUUAGACAACUGUGAAGCAUGAAGGCGCUGCGCCAUCGCGGAUCUGGCUCCGGGAAUGAGAAUUCCGAGUAUACCGAGAAGGAGAAAGAGGUGAUGGCCGAGAUUGAGUUGAGGAAGCUGCAGCAACAGUUUCGCAUCAUGGUGGAAGGCCGGAAGUCUUUUGGGGUCAAGACUCAACAGCAUCUCUUCCAGCAGCAGAAACAAAUCCAUGGCCUGAAACAAGAAAACGAGGAGAUCAAUUUGCUCCUGAGUCUCUGCAAGUCCCCCCGGAACAUUUUCAUGGACGACCACAACUGCAUGGAGCUGAAGUUUCUCCUGCAGACCAAAGACGAGUACGAUGCUCUCAUCCAAGCCACCAAAACCCUGAUCGCGGAACUGGAUGACAAGAUAAGCGAGAUGGAAAAAAAGCUCCAGAAGCAGAAGGUGAUCAUCCUCAAGCUAAGGCAUGAGUUUGACGGGAGAUGGUUGCAGAGGCAGAUCUACUUGCUGGAGAACCGUCUCAACCACGUCACGGUUUAUUUCGACACCAUCCUGACCACCAACGGCAAGCUCCGAGAAGAGAUCUCCAACCUGCUGUGCCAGAAAUCUAUUUUCGAUACCAUCUACUCCCGGCUCCACAAGCAACUGGAGCAGCAGAAGAAGACGAUGGAUGUGUCCAUUGAACAGUCCACUGUCGCCUAUGAGCAAAGGGUGGAAGCCCUCGCUAGGAUUUCCGCCAUGAAGGAAAGGCGCUGCAAGGACAUUGCGCAGUUCAACAUAGAGUACCGGGAGCUGGAAAGGGUCUACAACCACGAGACCAAACUGAAGGCGUUUAUGUUUAUCAAGCUGGUGGAUCGCUCGGAGUUUGAAGAACAGGCCAAGAAAGAAGAAGCCCUCAAGGCUCGGAAGCGCGCCAAGACCAAAGGCGAGAGCUUCGAGAGCUACGAGGUGGCCUACAUGCGCUUGCUGAAGCUGACCGAGAACGGCGACAUCGACCAGCUGGUGGAGGAGUUCGUGGAGAAGGAGGAGAAGAACUUUGCCUACUUCAGCUACGUCACGGAGCUGAACAACGACAUGGAGCGGCUGCAGAAGAAAAUUGAGGACAUCCAGAACGAAAUCUCUGAGCUGAAAGCCCAACACAAGAAGGCCGAUGACAUCCUUCGUAGCUCCAUGAAGGUGGUGGAGGACAAGUUGCAGAAGACCCAGGAAGAUGCCAACAUGUACGAGUACAAGCUGAAAGAGAGCAGCAAGAUCCUCGACCAGCUGAAAUCGGCCGUGGGCUUCCUCUUCGAGCAAACGGGCUGCGACGCGACCAAGAUCAAGGAGCACCUGGGCGAGACCGGAGAGAUCACCGACCAGAAUCUGAUGCAAUAUUUCAGCAUCGUCGAGAAGAAGAGCAACGACCUUUUGCUGAUCGAAUCCUUCUUGCGCUACAAGGAGGUCGAGGGAGAGCUGGACACAGUCCCCCUCUUGAACCCGUUUCUGGGCGGCUCUGCCUUACUGAAAAAGCUGGAGGCCGUCAAAAUAACCCCACCGUCUGCUGCCGCGCAUCCCUUUGCGGACCUCUUGGAGCCUCUGGAGGGACCGUUGGACCACACAAACUUGCACAGCCUGAUCUUAGAGAACCAGGAGAAGGAGAAAGAGAAGUCCAGGUGCUCCAUGGAGAGAGUAGACUCCACCAUGCGGGAGAAGAAGAAAAGCUCCACGAUGUAGGAGCAAAGAUCUCUUGGCUAUGAAGUCUGUGAGUUUGUGUUCGCGUUUAACCCCCUUCUUAUUUUUCUGUCCGACGGGAGCGGGUUCCCCCGUGGACUCCCGAUUCCUUAAGCGUUACUAAUAAAAGAGUAUUGUUGUUCUCUUGUA